UUUAAGUUCCUAGCAACACCUUUGUAAGGGAGAGAGGAAGAGUGAUAGGAUUUUCCAUGUAAAAGCUGGUAUUAGCAGCGGCUUAAGGCCGGGCGAUGGUCCAGGGAGCAGAACAGACCUGCCUGUGAGGAAUGCGGAAAGCGUCGGGAAGGUCUGCUAAUUGGCAAAGGCGAAGCGCUCCUUAGAUGCUUAUUAUAAUCGUGCGUGGUGAAAAACAAAAACAAAACGCUCUUUUCAGCUGGAGCAAAGCGAAGCUUUGUGGGCUGACAGAUUCAAGUUUGAGAAUAUGACGUGACUUCUUUUAAAGCCAGCUGGCGAUCUAGUCCCUGGGCUGGGAGACUUUUAUCUGAUCCGAGUGACUUCUUCCUCUUAAACAGCUUUCUUUCUAGAAAAUCCUGCAAGAGGGGAAAAUGAAGAAGCGUCCCUGCAAAAAAUCAGUUUCUUUGUGUAGUGAAUAUGUUAAUUGGAUGUCUCAUUUGCCACAAUGUCUCUGGCACAUUCCUCUCUCUAACCUGUCACUUCCAGGGAGUCAUGAUGCUAUGACUUACUGCUUAGAUGAACAUUCGCAAGUUAGUGUAAAUAAAUCCAAAUUGUUGCAGUUUAUGGACAAACAUAUGCAUUGCAUAGUACAUCCUAUUAUUUUGAGAUGGUCUAUAACACAGGUGCUGACUGUGUUAGAACAACUGGACGCUGGAAUUAGGUAUUUUGAUUUUAGGAUUGCUCACAAGCCUGAUGAUCCUUCUAUGAAUCUGCACUUUGUUCACAUGCUGUAUACAACAUGUAUUGUACAGGAUGUCUUGUGGGAUAUUUUAAGGUGGUUGAAAGCCCAUCCCUGGGAGGUGCUGGUUCUCGCUUUCAGAAAUUUUGAUGGCUUGGAUGAGGAGCAUCACUGCCAUUUGAUCUCCUGUAUAAAGAAGAUCUUCUGUUGUAAACUGUGUCCGAGAAAUGUGGUUCCAACCCUACGGAACUUGUGGUCUUGUGGCUAUCAGGUUAUUGUGUCCUAUGAAGAUGUUACACAGGUGGUACGGCAUUCUGAGUUAUGGCCUGCAAUUCCAUACUGGUGGGGAAAUAAGACCACAGCACAACAGCUUAUCCAGUAUAUGGAGAAGAGGAAACAGAAUGGCCGCCCAGCGGGACUAUUUGUUGCAGGAAUCAACCUUACUGGAGAUUUCGGGUACAUUUUAGCACAUCUUGGUGGAUCUCUGAAGAAAAUGACCGUUUGUGCUCUUCCAGUCCUAAAUCUGUGGAUAAAGAAACAGCGUCCUGGAUCAAAGAAAGAUUGCAUUAAUAUUAUUGCUGGAGACUUCAUAGAGAAAAAUAACUUUGUGAAGAAUGUGAUCAGCCUUAACAGAAAACUUAUUUCAAAAUAGUGUUGGCUUUGACUGAGUUUUGGAAGAGCAUCUUUGGGCUGUUGGCUCUUCUGAGUCAGAAAUACACGAUAUGACAUUAAAAUUCAUCUACCUCACAGGACUAUCAUGACGAUAUUACUUGAAACUAACACAGGAUACCUUCUAUGGAGAGCUCAAUGAAGACUGACUUUUUUUUGGAUCUAGUUAGUACAAUAAAUGCACUAUA